AGUAGUUUAGUCUCAAACGCUUCAACGUAUUACCCUGAAGUUUCAGGGACUGAACGUUUCUACUUCCGGUUCACUUGACGCAACUUCCGUGUACCCUCGCCAGACUUGCAGUUCUUUCCUGUAGCCUUCUUCUAACCAAACGCGUGUCUUCAAAGUUUUCUCAUCGGGUGAAUACCCAAGUAAGAUUUUAGUGGACUAAAACGUCCUAUCUUUAAGCUUAUUGGAAGUUGUUUGGCUUGAUGUUGAAGCUUCCCAGGCUUACUUCACUUUUUUUUAAGCUUAGUUCGCUAGCCAAGACACGCUAACUCAUUCCGAUUACUUAAAAUUUAUUUUAAAGAUGCGACAAAAUACAACUGACUGAAGCCGAAAGGAUCGAGACGUGGAUGCUGACGAGGAGAGGUAAUCCAGGCCACGACGAGCAAUUGAAAAACGAAAGAAAAUGAGGUGUCCCACAGAUGUCACUGUAGAUGAUCUUCACCAUGAGAAGCACGAUCUCCUCCACAUCAAACAGGAAGAGGAGUCCGAGAUGCCGUUCGUCAAACAGGAGGCAGAGCCAGAGACCCCCGACAUGAAAGAAGAAGACCAGGAAGUAGAAAUCCACACGUUUCCGAUGGAUGUCAGUGUGAAGAGCGAAGAAGACAAAGGACCAAGGCAAGAGAGUGGAGCAGCGAACCUUUUGACCGACAGUCCAUUUCAGCACGUGACAGCAAAAGUAGAGGGACGAUCGCGACCGGACAGCCUCGACAUAACGUCACAUUCUUCUAACUUUAAUACUGAUGAGGAGGAAGAUGCCUCUGACCAAAAUGCGACAAAAUCUUUAAACGAGUCAUCAUUGAGUAGAGACGCCAAGGAAUGCGUGGUUGGGAAACCUUUUCCCUGCUCACUCUGUGAUAAAACAUAUUCUUGGAAACACAAUUUAAAAGCACACAUGUGUAAACACAGCGGGGAGAAGCCUUUUGCCUGCACAAUUUGCGGUAAAAGAAUUAAUCAGAAAAGUGAUUUAAAAAAGCAUAAGCUUACACACACUGGAGAAAAGCCUUUCGCCUGCACACUUUGUGGUAAAGGAUUUUCUCGGAAGGCUAAUUUAGAAAGACAUAAGCAUACACACACUGGAGAAAAGCCUUUUGCCUGCACACUUUGCGAAAAAAGAUUUUCUCUGCAUGGUAAUUUAAUUAGACAUAGGCGUACACACACUGGAGAAAAGCCUUUCGCCUGCACACUUUGCGAUAAAAGAUUUAAUCAGAAAUGUGAUUUAAAAACGCAUAAGCGUACACACACUGGAGAAAAGCCUUUCGCCUGCACACUUUGUGGUAAAGGAUUUUCUCGGAAGGAUAUUUUAGAAAUACAUAAGCGCAUACACACUGGGGAAAAACCUUUUGCAUGCUCACUUUGUGGUAAAAGAUUUGCUCAGAAAGGAACUUUAGUAAAGCACGCAAGAGUUCAUAAUGGGUAAAAACCUUUGAAUUGCAGCGUGUGACAAAAUAUUCUGAUUCCUGCCACGCAUUUACAGUGGAAAAAGCAUUUUAAUAAUUCGGUUUCCCUUGAGCCUCUUUUGUUGUUGAAAUGAUUUUUCAGGUGCUGUUCUUUUUCUAUCCAAUAUAUAUGGCGGAAAACACUCAGGUGACUUGAAUUUCCGCUCUCAGACCCCCAAUUUGACCAAAUUUAAAAAUUGUCUGAUAUGCAUGUGUGAUUCAUUAUUGGAAAGCUUAAAAUCUCAAUUAAAUGGGGGAAGAAAAAUUUUGAACAGGAGGGCAUUUAAGAAAAAAAAAAAAAUUUAAACAUCAAAACCCUAUCUGGAGGUGAGAGCACGCCAGAGCAGAUUUAUAGAUGCCAUGACUUUAACGAGAUAUCGUGUACUUACCUUGUUUCGAUCCAAAAACUCCAUGUAGCAUGUACGUAUCACUGAGCGUCAAGGCACAGCUGUGAAUUGCCACAGCCGGAUCUUUUGGGGAUUUUAUGGAUGAAAUAUAGUAAUAUAACAAGGGUCGCGAUAGAGAAAUCGCAGACAUCAAGGGGUGGUCGAGAUUUUCAUAUAUUUACCCCUUUAAAUGUUUUUUUUUCCAAUUUUCCUUUGUGUGGAUCAAUUAUCAUCUAACAUAUCGGAGAAAAUGCGACAGUAACGAAAAAAAUACAAUCAAGCGAUAGUUAUGUGUUAAUAUCAGUGACUUUUUUUUACACCUUUUUUUCAUUGUGACGUUAUUUGUUUUAAAGUUAAAAUAUGCAAGUGAAUAAUUUUUUAAGUCGUUUUUUUUUUUCCCCAACAAAAUAUUAGACAUCAAUUAAUGAUUCUAAGCUAAAAAUUACAUUUUGAAAAAUAUAAUUACCUUCGUUUUAUGGCUGGGUUGAAACAAAAGCGGUCGCUUGAUGUCUGUAAAAGGGGGUUUUCAGGGUAAAACGGCCAAAUUAAAAAUAGUUCGGGGGCUUAAUGCGCCAUGAAUCUGCUAUGGCAGCAUAUAGACAUAUUGUUCUAUCAAACAAGUUGUUGUUGUCUGUGUUUCCGCCAUAUAGAGAGAGAGAGUAAUUAUCACAUAUGUAAUAAUUAUUAUACAUAACAAAUGUAAUAUUUGAAUAUGUAUGUGUAUGUAUGAUGUUGAAAGACCCGAAACACGAUUCAAGGAACAUCAUUUUCGGGUCUUUCAAGAUGUGUGAUUUUUUUUUUUUUUUUUUACUUCCUCUAUUGUAAAUACCGUAGUUUUUUAUUCACGUUGUAUUAAUUUAUCAAUUCAUUUAUUUCAUAGAAUUAAAAGAAAUACACAUAUGUAUCAAAUUCAGUGUUGUUAAUUUUACUUUUAAAAAGUAAUGAAUUAGUUACAAAUUACUUCUCCCCAAAAGUAAUUGUGUUCAUAACUCAGUUACCUGAAUGUAAGAGUAAUUAGUUACUUGGCAAAGUAACAUGAUAAUUUUCUUUUCUUUUUUUUCCUCAUUAAAAAAAAAAAAAACAGGUCACGCAAUGUGAAGUAUAAAGGGUCUGGGGGACAAUUGGCCCUAGCGCAAUUCUUUACCCUCCACUUAACUAGACACAAGGGUAUUGCGAUAACUAGAUAGUAACCUUUGCUAUGUGUGGAAGUCAUUUAAAGUUGUGAAUCAACCGUUAAAGUCGUUAAAAUUGCUCCCGUUAUUGCAUUAGUUCCCUUCUGUCUACUUUAAACGUGUAAGUUUUAAAACUGUUUCAUCAUUUAAAGAUAGAUUUAAGUUAAGAUUUUGCCGAUUUAGGAGAAUUUUAGAUUAAAAAAAAAAAAGUUAUUUAGGUUCGCUAGGAAAGAUCUCUACAUCAGCCUUCCUGAGAGGUCUACUGCUUUAAGAUGGCGGCUGCUUACUAACGCAUGUAGUCCUUAAAACAUAUUGCAGCUGUGUCUGUCAUUUGCAUCUAGUUCUAUAAUAUGAUAUCUACUGUGUCAUGUGGACUAGUGACGGGAAAAGUUGUUCACCUGAGGAAACGAAUCAAUUCCGGUUCGUUCAGUAAAAAGAUUCGUUCAAACAAAUCGUUCAACGAAUCGUUCACCCUCCUCACCCCCCCUCCCCCACCACCCCACCCACAACCGCCCAAAUGAAUCGUUCGUUCAGUGAACGGGAAGUGACGUUGCCAAAUUCAUUGGCCGCUCUCUUCGUAGAUUCAGAAGUGAGUGUGUGACAGACUGUGUUUUUCUGGGGGGGUUUUUCACUGCCUCGUCUUUGCCGGCGCCCGGGUCUCCCCAGCCGUUGCAGCAAUGAGAAUUUCCCCGUCUAUCAUAUUUCUAUGGGAUCAAAGCCAUGGCUUGUGCUUGCUUCUCUGUGAUAUAGGAAACGGUUAAACAUUUCCCUUUUUUUUUUUAAAGCACAAACUUUUUCAAUCACGCUAAAUUGCGUGUACGCUCCCUUCCGUAUUCGUAGCUUAAACGUGUGUUUACGUGAGCUGGCUGCUCGUGAAAGCCACUUGAUACACCACCAAAUCAUUUUGGCUGAAGAACAAAUAAAUGUGGAAUUUAAAUAAACUGUCUUCGGCUAUUUUUUUUCGGUUGAGUGAGAUUUAUUUCACAAAAAUAAGAAAAUAUAAAAAAUAUUAAUAAAUAAUCAAUUUAUAAU